AUGUAUGGUACUUACGCUUUUAGUAAAAUUCAUUAUACAAAUGUUAUGUUAUUGACAAAAAGUUUUAGUGUUAUGACAAGCUUGAUAUCAAUGAUGAUUAAAAUGGGAUGUCUACUGUUAAACGACAGAGAUGUAGAUGACUUGUAUAAGGAGCUCAAUUCACAGUUCAACAUUUAUGUAAAGGAUGAACACCUGAAAAUUUCAGCUCUCAAAGGAUCUAUAACUUUUUAUCGAUUGUGUAUGGCUGACGUCAUUUCAACUUUCGUUUUUUGCGCAGGAUACUGUCUCGUUCCUGUUAUUUUUAUUAUUCAUCAGUGUAUUAAAAAUCCCGAAACGAAAAAAAAUAUUCUUCUAUAUCCUGCAGUUUAUCCUUGGAACGUUACUCCAGAUAGUAUUGUGUAUGUGAUCCAAGUGGUAAUUGAAAGUUUAUCUUUAAUAUCAAGCUUUUGUGUCAAUGCCGCAGUUGAUUCUUUUUACUCCUUUUGUGUUUUUCAAAUAACUGGAUUAAUUCGUGAGGUUUCAUACGACGUAACAAAUAUCAAUAAAAAAAAAGAAUAUCGUAUAAUUAUUCGACAAUGUGUUCAUAAAUUUGAAAAAAUAAUGUCAUGUCGUAAUAAGCUUGAACGAAUUUAUGGGCCCAUUAUUCUGUGGAUUAUGGUAUCUAAUGCUACUAUUCUCUGUACAACUAUUUUUCAACUAACACAUAUCUGGCAGAUUAAAACAUUAUCCUUUGCCAGAUUAGUUGUUGUAAUCGCCUACGUUAGUAUGAAAUUGACACAGACAUUUUUGUAUGGCUGGGCAGGAACACGUUUAACUACGGAGAGCGAAAACUUUCGAGAAGCAGUAUAUUCGAGUAAUUGGAUUGGAAAUUCAGAAUUUUCUUCUGCCAUUCGCCUCAUGCUAGUUCAAAAACCACUUAAAUUAACGGCGUUUAAAUUUUUUGUCGUAUCAGUGGACAUGUUUGCUAAGAUCGUCAACACAACUGUUUCUUAUUACUUUUUACUGAAAACCUUUGAAUCAGAUUGA